AUGGCAGUCCUGGGCUCUGUUGCCUGCAGCGCCCUUCCUGAUGUGACUUUAUCAGACCAAUCCUCACUCUCGCUGGGGGAGACGCCCCACUCGCCCCGCCGCCAGGAGCACUUGCGGAAAAGUGUGGCCCGGCCCAGGGCGGGGCUGCUCCGGAUGCGACCCAUACCGGUGGUUGCUUCUCCCGAUUCGGCCGGGGGUCCCCCACCCUUUCCUCCCGAGUCCCACUCAGCUGGAUGUGGGCACUCCCGGGUGCCCGACGCGUACCCGCCUCCCCAAAGGGCCAGUUUUGCCAGGGGGCCGGGGUUCCAGUGGGUCCGGCGCCCGGCGCGGGCUCCAGACCCGCGGAGGGGAGGCGCAAGGGGCGGGGGAGGGUCGGCUUCCCACGUGGGGGUGACGCCGGCUGCUCGGCAACGCCGGCUUGAUCCUGGGGCUAUAAAACGAGUCCACCGUGAGCGCCACGGAGAAGCACCGGCCCCAGCUUCCGUGCAGACGCCCAGCAGCCGGCGCGCCGCCGCCCGGCCACCCCCAGCACCUUCUCCCUCAAGACCUGCGCUCCUGCCCCAACUCACGCUGCCCUCGGACCCCAGCUGUCCCGUCGCGCUCAGCGCCCGAAGCUCGCCGGGCCGACGCCCAGGAGACCCCCUGCCUCGGCCGCGGCUCCUGGAGGGCCGAUCGCCCACCCGCCCGGGCCCGCCUGAGGACGGGGGCGCCUUCAUGCGGCCCGCACACCCCUCACCCCGCCGCCGCCUCCGAGCUCCGCGCGCUGCGCCCCAGCCCCUGCAGGGCACGCAACUUUGGAAGUCCCGCGGCGCUCCGAGAGGCGGCAGAGUCCGCACCCUGGCCCCAGCCCGGGCCUCGCCAGCCCCGCAGCGUCUGGGGGAAGCGAGAGAGUCGGUAAUCGCUUCGGGGAUGUAAGGAGACAGACAUAGGACCCCAAGCCAGCAUCAGCACCCCUCGGCUGCCUCUCGGGGUGGGGGCGGGCCCCGCACACGAAUAAAUCUCUCUUUCCUCAUCGGCUCGACCUACUCUCUCC